AUGGGACGUCCUGGGGGCAAAACACAAGCGCACACAGGACCACGGCCGCUCGGCUCAUUCCAAGAGAGGAGGACGCCAUCCAGAGACCUGCAGCCGGGAACUGGGACCUGCUGUUCUGAACGUGUGAGGUCAGCCCAAGACAAUGGACAGCUGCAAUUAGGCCUCCGGACAGUGGACCUAAAUCUACGAACCUUCCAGGGAAAAAAGAAGAGUUCCAUCCUGGACUCACUGACCUUCGCGAGGCCCGGUUCUUCAUACGAGGAAGAUGAUGACGAGAAGGAGCCUCUGUUGCCACCUGAUCCGUUGGAGUACUUUAACCGAGAGGUGCAGAAGCGCAGAGAUGAGGAGACGAACCUGUGGAGCACUCCGGGGGACCCCAGCCACUCCGAACGCAACGACGACCGCACACUGUACACGCUGCUGCAGGCGCGGAACCAGACACGCAUGGGCUCCACGGGAUACAGACGUUUAAGUGUGGACAUUGAAGCCAUGAGAGACACACGACGAGAAGUUAGAGAAAAGUGGAAAACCAUCUUGGAGAACUUAGGCUUCAUGGCAGAGGCUGACUCUCUGCUGACUGUCUCCGCCGGAGCGUCACAAGACCGGAUGAGGGACGCACCCGCGGCUCGGGCCAUGCUCAACAUGCUGCACACAGAGACCUCCAUCUUCAACAGCCAGAAGGAGCCGCCCCCAGAGAGAUACCUCUUCAUUAUAGACCGCCUCAUCUACUUAGACAUUGCUGAAGAUUUCGUGGCCAAAGCCAAACGGUUCUACCCUCCAAAAGAUGGCGAUUCUGACGAGGACCCCACGGGGCUGAGCAUCAACCUGCCGCUGCUGCUGGCACGCAUGAACGGAGCGCGUGGUGGUGAUGAUGAGGAGGAGGAGGAGGAUGAGAGUGACGCCAGUGACAGGUCCUAA